AAGAUAAAACCGUUUAACUUAAAAGUUUUUUUACCGAUUUUUUAUUUCCUAGCCAUUUGUCAGGCUGUAGAUUCAGUAAAUUUCCAUAGUCCUGUCUAGGGAAAGAAUUUUACAGUGACAGCUGUCUGACUUUUUUCGUCAUUUAUCGUUUGUCAAAAAAAUAUAUUCUCUCUCUGGCCCAACUAUGUUAUACACUUAAUCUAUGGUACUUUUUAAUAUUUUUUACAUGUAGUACUAUUGAGGUUUCAUCAUGGUGGCCCGGCUAAGUACUUUAGACCAUUGUUUUUUGGUACUAUCGCAUUUUACGGCCAUACAAACAUUUCAUCACAGACACGUCUUUUAAGGGAUUUUUUGCCCUGAAUCGCGAUAACGCGGAAAAUAUUCGAAACGUUUUUCGGGCUAGUGAUGUCAAUGGAUUUCACCAAGAAAAUUUUAUAGAGAAAAUUUCCACAUAUGGCCUGUGUUUUCGCACUAUUUGAUUCGAUGGAUUGAGCUUUCGCAAAAAUGUCGUCGCGCCGUAAGAGUCGAAGCAAAGAAAGGAAAAAUGUCGCGCCCAAGCUGCGAAUGGACAAUAAACCCAACGCCAUGCGAAUCACAGAUCCGAGCUUGCCGGCAGGAAGACGUAGGGAGAUCGACAACGUGAUGAAGAAGGCCAGAGCGCAGAAUUCGCCCUCUUCCGGAGCUUUCUGGGACAAGAAGCUGUUAGAGGUUGAAGCCAAGGAUCCUAACAGAUGGAGUCACUCCGGCUACAAGUCGCUCUACAUCGACGGUUCCUCCUCGCCGCCCUCCUCCCGCCGCUCCCGCUCGCGUUCUUUCACGGACCGGCGCGGUUCGCCGCCCCCGCGUCGCGCUCUCGGCCGUUCCCCGCGUCGUCGCUCGCCGCCCGCGCCCAGGGGAGCACGCAGUCCUCGAAGUCCGCCCGCGCGCGCACGAUCUCCGCCCUCGAGGAGGGCGCUGUCGCCACCGGCCGGGUAUAGAGGAGGCGGAGGGAGGCCAAGGACGCCGCCGUCGCCUAGGAGAGGUGGCAGGUGCGGUAGAAGAUCUGCUUCAGCGAGUAGUUUAAGCAGCUGUUCUGAUGAUUCUUGCUCAGUAUGCUCCCCAAAAACUAGACGUCGUUCAAGAUCACGGUCAUUCUCGCCACCUCCGCGUCCUUCCGCCUCGAGCGGCAUGCGCAAACCGCCCGCGCCUAAAGCCGGAGCUUCUCGCCAGCGGCCACCGUCCCCGUCGCCGUCUCCGCCUCCUAGAAGAAUGCCACGCCCCAUGACCCCGCCCGUCGCCAAGAAAAUGCCACGCCCCAUGGUGAAUUCGGCCAGCGAUAGGCCGACGGAUCCUAGGACGCGGCCGCCGCCGCCUAGACCGAUGCCGAAACCGGGCGUGGCGAAAGGCGGGGAAAAGGGGAGUGGUUCCAGUCAAGCGCCAUUACUAGGACGAAUUAAAAAAGAAGGCGUGCCAAGAAGAAAACGUCCUGGAUCUCCAGCAGCUGGAGACUCUUCUGGAUCAGAAGACAGUGGAAUAUCUGCCUCAGUUCCUAUCGUAGCAACAACCACCAUGACAUUAUCAGAAAGGUUCGGUAAAAUUGCUCAGUGGUCGGCAGAUAGAGAAAGAAGAGAUAUAGAGAACAUGAGGAUAACUAAGACGGGAACUAACAUGAAGGUUAUGGUAGAGGAGGACGAGUUUGUGUAUGGAACUCCGCCACGUAGAUAUAGUUUGUCACCCGUACCUGCUGGUCACUAUCCAGACGAACUGCUUCCGUCAGGGCCUCCUAGAAUGGCCGCAUGGGACGAUGUUCGAGUACGGUAUCAAUAUUAUAAAGACUUAGGAUACUUAAGAGACUUGUCCUUGGAGGACUACGUUAAGUGGGAAGAAUGGUGGUACAAGUACCAGGACUGGUUAGCGAACGAAAGACACUACGAACACUGGUUAUCAACGCACGGAAAUUCGGGCAGACGAAGAAAGAAGAGGCUACCGGCUAGUCAGAGACUAGGAACGUAAAA